AUGGGCUCAGCAUUUUCUAGUAGCACUACUCUUACAGAUGACGAAUCGCACACAAAUCAGACAAUGGACGCUCUUCCUACUCAAGAACCCGUGCAUCAGCCGUAUCAUGGCCUCCUUGUUCCCGCUGAGGCAAGCAUGACGCGCGAGGAUUCGCAGACUUGGUACGCGGUAUUCUUCGAGCAAGCAAAUUGUGUACCACAUAAAGAUGGAAAACACAUCAUCAUCCGCUCGCCUAGUCUACCGCGCGGGCAGAUUCAUAACUAUGGGCGAGAAUUGACUGGCUGGCCGGUGGUCAAGAUCCGGAAUGUGUAUCAGCGCCUAGGAAAAGAUCACGCCAGAAUCGUUCGUUACGAAGGCAUCCUUGAUGAUGGCAGUCUAAUUGUUGAGAGGCUGUGGCCCGGCCCGUUCGAUUUGAGACUGCCAGUGAUGACUGUACCUGUACCCGCGAAACCCAGUCGCAACGACAAGACGAUGCUGAGCCUGUAUUAUCGGUGGGCCCUUCAAGGUCUUUCAGCACUCAGCGCUUUGCAUUCUCAUCGGAUCUAUCUCAGAACAUUUUCCACUCAGAUGAUGUGGUUGCGCUCAGAUUACUCUCUUGCGCUUACUGGAUUUGUUGGUGCCGAAAUUGUUGGCGAUGAAACCGGCUAUGGAGAAGGCGGCAGCGUGCGCGAAGAGCUUAUGGAGUUUGACGAGGAGGCAUUGCACGGCUGCGUCCAGGAGGACAUCUACUACUGGGCCACAUUUGUGUGGAGACUUAUGACGAAUGAUUACACUGAUGAAUCACCCUCGGCUAAAACAGGGUGUUGGGAGCCAUGUUGUCCAGUCGAGGGUGGGUGCAAACCCUAUGAUGACAACAGGGAGGUCUUCGACGAAAGAUUUUUGAACAACAUGUGGCAAGAGCUAGAUGAGGCAAGGCUUGGCAAAGUGUUGGUGAAUGCUUGGAAUAAGAAGUAUACAACCGUUGAUGAGGCGGUCGAGGACAUAAAGUCUAAUGCGUCAAAGAUGGACAUUAUAGUCACCAACGAUGAGGUGGAGUUAGAUAAGAAGUGGGAAGAUGUGUUUNAAGUCAUUGAGACAGGACCACGUCCGCACGCUCGUAUCCUCAAAUUCAAAGUAUCUACAUCAGACUAA